AUGCAAAACUCAAGGUUAUGCUCACCAUCAAAGAAAAAAAGUUCAAGCUCAGCGGAUGAGAUUGGCAAAAGCAUAGACAUCUUAUGGGAGAUCUUUCUUUGGCUGCCAUUGAAACCUCUUUUCCAACUAAAGUUAGUUUCAAAGCCUUGGUUGACACUUAUUUCCGAUCAACGAUUCCGUGAAUUCCACUACCUUCACCAACGCUCCCGCCCCACUUCCCUUAUUUUAUCUGACAGGAAAGGUUUUGGCCGAUUAGGAUCACCCAUUCUCUCCUUCACCACCACAACCCCAACCUUUGGUGUUGACAAUCUUGAUUUCCUUAAUCAUUCCAAUGUCAUCAUCGAGCGUUGUUGCAAUGGUUUUCUCCUAUGUAGCUUGGGCUCCACGUACUUUAUAUGCAAUCCAAUCACCAAAGACUUCACCACUCUCACUUUACGUAACCACCCAUUGAGGAACCGGAGAAUUGAACUUUAUCUAGCUUUUGACCCCUCCCUUUCGCGAUACUAUAAAGUAUUAUCAGUUGCACAACAGGUUGACAAUUGGGUCUUCAAUGUAUAUUCCUUCAAAAACAAAUCAUGGAUUAGUCCGGGGGUUUCAUUCCCUACCCCAUUUGCAUUAGAAGCUGCUAAUGGGGUUUACUGCAACCGAGUUAUUCAUUGGUGCAAUGAAGCUGAGUUUUCUGUGUGUUUCGAUGUUGAUACUCUCCAUCUCAGAAAUUGGCCAAUGCCCAUAUCUGAUUCGGAGUGGGUGAAUCGAAGAAUGAAGUACUUUGGAGAGUCAGCAGGGCGUUUACAUUUGGUGCUUACAGUUUCUAAGCAACCUUUCAAGUAUGAUAUUUUUGAGCUGAAGGAGGAUUAUUCUGGGUGGUUAUUAAGGCACCGUGUUGAUCUUGAACCCCUGCAACACAUGCAGGGUUUAUAUUCUUUUGCCCUCACCAUUUUUCGUCCUGUAAAAGAAGACAUAUCCAUGUUGGUUUUGGUUGCUGAUAGAGAAACACUUUUACUGUAUGAUCCUGUAACUUCAAGAAAGUUAUGUGAUGUUGAGAUGGGUUCGGCAGCUGAUCAUAUCCGGUAUAAAGUUACCUAUGGUGAGAUUUUGCAGUAUUCUGAAAACUCGGCUCUGGUUGAAGCUUGUACUGAUAAAGCAGAAACAGACUCUACUUGACAACUUGUGAUCAACUUCACUACUUCCACUCCUCUAGAAUUACAACUUUGCUAAUUUCCUCAG